GCCCCGGCCCGUCACUGGCUCAAGCGGGUACUGGUAGAACUGGCAGCAGACACCCCAGCUGAUGAUGGCUUCCGAGCACCAAAUGCCAGCCUCCAAGCAGCAGCAAGCCAGCUCCAAGAUUGCCAUCUUCGAGCAGGAGAACUUCCAGGGCCGCUGCCAUGAGCUCAGCGGGGCCUGCCCCAACCUGAAGGAAGCCGGCGUGGACAAAGUGGGCUCCAUCCUGGUGCACUCCGGACCCUGGGUGGGCUACGAGCAGGCAAGCUGCAAAGGGGAGCAGUUUGUGUUUGAGAAGGGGGAGUACCCCCGCUGGGACUCCUGGACCAACAGCCGGAGAAGCGACAGCAUCACUUCCCUGAGACCCAUCAAAGUGGUGAGAGCACCCAGACAGCCACUACCCACCCGCCAGACCAAGGACAGCCAGGAGCACAAGAUCGUGCUCUACGAGAACCCCAGCUUCACCGGCAAGAAGAUCGAAAUCAUAGACGACGAUGUGCCCAGCUUCCACGCACACGGCUACCAGGAGAAGGUCUCAUCCGUGCGGGUGCAGAGCGGAACGUGGGUGGGAUACCAGUACCCUGGCUACCGGGGCUACCAGUACCUGUUUGAAAAGGGGGACUACAAGGACAGCUCAGACUUCGGCGCUCAGCACCCCCAGAUCCAGUCGGUCAGGCGCAUCCGGGACAUGCAGUGGCACCAGCGCGGUGCCUACCACCCCACCAACUAAAGCCCCCGGCCCGUGCCGGGGCGCGGGGAGCGGAGCAAACGCGUUCCCCCGGCCGCCGCUGUGCCCCCGCGGCCUCGCCUCCCGCCUCCCCCCGUGUGAUGCCCGCGCUGCCGAAGCAACUCAAUAAAGCUUGGAGUUUCAAAGUC